AUGCCUGCCCCCUCCAAGCGCCCUCGCAAACACUCUCCACCACCCAGCCCGCUCCUCCUCCCCUCACAUCUCACCACCCUCCCCUCCGCCCCUCUCCGCCCCUCGUCCUCCUCCACAGCUUCGGGCGCACAAGUGCAGGCAUGGGAAGCGACGCUUUUACCUUCCAGACUGCAGUGGGAAGUAGGAGUGGACGCGCCUGAGGUGGUUGUUUGGAAGGGACGGGUUUCACGAGGUGAGGCAGAGCAGGAGGCGGAGGAGGAGGAGGGGGAAGAGAUAGAGGUCAGGACUGAUCGCUACGACAUCCUCCACCUCCUCCCCUCCACCCUCUCCCUCCCCUCUUCCUCCUCCUCCGCGCCCCCCGACCCCCGCGGAUUCACCCACCUCCCGCCCUUACACGAAGACCUCUUCUUCCUCACACCCUCCGAGCGUGCGCUGGUCGCACACAAAGAACGACGGAGGAAGGUGGAGGAGGAGAGGGAGGAGAGGGUGCGGGAGGUGGAGAGGUUGGAGAGGGAGGAGAGCGAGAGGGUUAGGAGGGAGGGAGGGGAGGAUGAGGAGCCCGACGCAACCCAACUAGCCCUCAUGACCCGCCUUCACUCGACCCUCUCGUCCUCUCCAAACCCCUCCCUACUCGAACUCCGUAUCCUCGCAAACCACAGCAAAGACGAGCGGUUUGCGUUCCUCCGGGAGGGAGGACGUUGGAGGAGUGUUUGGGGGGAGAUUAGGAGGGGCGAGAGGGGGGUUGAUGGGAGGAGGAAGGAGGGGAGUGGGCAGGUGAAGGCGGAUGAGGCGAAGAAGGAGGGACUGGCGGGGUUGGUGGGGUAUGGAAGUGACAGUGAGGACGAGGAAGAGCAGGAGGAGGAGGCGGGUGGGCGAGCUGAGCCCGAAGCUGAAGCGGGUGCGGGUCAAGCUGUCGCAAACCUAGCCGACCUCGAUUCGGCACCUGAUCCACCCGCGUCAGCGAAUACAGGCGACACCGUCGGCGACGCCGAACGGCGCGCGAAGCAGGCUCUCAAAGCGGAAAGGGCGCGCGAGUGGGCGCGGAAACGACGAGAAGCGCGCGAUGCGGCGGAAGCAGCGAGCGAGUCGGCACCUGGAUCGUAG